GCUCUCCUUGGACAGCUGAAGCGAGACCACCCGCUACAGGCCAAAUUGAAGGCGGAGUUUGCCACGGAUUUUUCCGAGGUCCAGGCAGUGCUGGAGCCCGACGAACCACCGCUGCCGCCACCCGAAGAAGGUCCUCCUGGGGAGGAGAUCACCACUCCUCCAUUGGAGACACAAGUGCAAACACAAGAGGAAGCGGACAUCUCCCAGGCACAACGAGACCUAGAGCGGACUCUGACGAUGAAUGAGGAUCCCUUCAAGCUGGAGCCGACGCCUGAGGAGAACAACCAGGCCCUCUUCGAGGCGGGUGUUCGCCAGUAUGAUGAUGAUCUGAACUUGGACGUGCCGGAGGAUGAGCAGGACCUCUGGGGGGCUCCGAAGGGCUUCGCCGAGCUCAGCAGCAUCAACGACGAGGCAGUUUCGGCCCGUUUCGGCCGCGGAGCAAAGAACACACGGCCAAGCUGA